UCACGCAAAUUUUCUUUUAGUCGUUUUAGUAUAUAAACACGCUUUAAUUAACGUGGAUUUACAGUCAACACACAGUGAGUAACAAAUACACAUAGGUACUAUUCUAAGUCAUCAUGAGGUGUGCCGUCGCUCUCUUUUCCGCUAUCGCAGUAGCCACAGUCUAUGGGCAAGACCACUAUGGUGGUAGCUAUGGACAUGGGGGACUGGAAAUCGGAGGAGGUCACGGGCAUGUACAAGAGUAUAUUGACUACAGGGCUGUACCAAGAUACCACUUUAAUUAUGAUGUCCACGAUCCAAAAAACCAUGAUAUUAAGAGCCAACAUGAAGUCAGAGACGGCCAUGAAACUAAAGGCCGUUAUGAACUUCUCCAACCUGAUGGAAGAAGAAGGAUUGUUGAAUACGUUGCUGGUAAACAUGGAGCUAACUACAAUGUAAGAUAUGAAGGACAUUCACAGCAUGGAGGUUAUGGAGCUCAACAGGGAGGUUAUGGAUCUCAGCAUGGAGGAUACUAGGAGUAAAACGCUUAUAUGAGACUGGCCCUUUGAUGUUACCUAUGUUGUAUGUUGUUAUUUAUGUGUUAGGUUAAGUUUGUUUUGAUUUUUCGCAAUAAAAGUUGUUGACUCAUA